CUCAAGGUUUACAUUUCCGUUGUUGGGCUGGUUCAAUAUCUCAUGUGAGUUCUGACAGUUUAGCUCGUAUUUCUGUCUCCUUCGUCGGCUCGGAGCUACUCCAUUAUGCUGAAGUGAACUUUUCUUUCACAAGCCAGGAGAAAAUUCGUCUACAUGGAAAUGGAUUUCCAAAAGGCUCUACUUGAAGUGGGUAAAACCUUGUCCACUGAUGAGGUGGAAGCACUGUCUUUUCUGUGCACUGACAUCUUGAGCAGAAAACCAGUCUCUCUGGAUUGCGCCAGCAACCUCUUCUCCUUACUCAUGAAAGAAGACCGUCUGUCGGCUGGAAACCCACAGCUCCUGGUGGAGCUUCUCCUCACCAUCCAGCGCCCUGUUAUUUUGCAGAACAUUAAACUUUCUUUCCAAUCGUCUUCACCCAGCACCCUCAUCUCACCCUACAGGAAGCUGCUGUAUCGCCUGUCACAACAAAUUACCGAGGAGGAGCUCGGAGAAAUGAAGUUCCUGCUAACGGACAUCCCACGAAGAAGACUUGAUCAAAAAUCUACGCUGGGAGUCUUCCUGGAGAUGGAGCACAUGGACCUCAUAAAUGAAUCUAGUCUCGAAUAUCUGGAGUCCAUAUUUAAGUCAGUGUGUCCUGCGCUGAAUGAAGAGAUUCGUCUCUAUAGGAAAGAAAUUGGGCAUCCAGUGUCGCAACCUUUGACAAGCCAGAACCCGAAACCUUUCUACAGGAAUGACUUCCGGGAAGAUAAGAGUCCACAACUUCCUCCGCAGCCUUCCAUAAAUCCAUCCAAGUCCCCAAAUGGGGAAAUGGCUUCUUUGGAUACAGUGAAUCCAGAAAAGAACAACCCAGAGUCUCAGGAAAAUGAUGAGGUUCUGUUUGAUUACCCAAUGACUGGGAACAGAGGGAUCUGUUUGAUAGUGGACAACUUUGAUUUCUCUAAAUCACGCCAGAAUUUAAAUAAUAGAGAGGGAACCAUGGUUGAUAGAGAUGCUCUGAAAGAAGUGUUUGAAUGGUUGGGCUAUGAUGUGUACAUAUACCUAGACCGUAAUGCGGCUCAAAUAAAAGAUUUGUUUGCCUACAUUGGCCAACGGGACCACAGCAGGUACGACAGCCUGGUGUGCUGUAUUCUCAGUCAUGGCAUGGAGGGUGGAGUAUAUGGUGUAGAUGGCAACUUUGUUGAGAUCAAAUUGCUGAUAGAGUGCAUCAAUGGGGAGAAGUGCCCGUCUUUAAUCGAAAAACCCAAGAUGCUUUUCAUCCAGGCCUGUCAAGGCUGCAAACAACAGUAUCCAGUCAAACCAGACGGCAUUGAAGACGAAACAACCCAAGUUUCUGCUGAUGCGAAAGUUGUAGAUCUGAGGAGCCCAGUCAUCGCUGACUUGCUGGUGGGCAUGUCCACGGUUCCUGAUCACGUCUCCUUCAGAGAUAAAUUCUCUGGCACCUGGUAUAUACAGUCAUUGUGCAAAAACCUCAUCAAGUAUGUGCCAAGGAGGGUUGACCUUGUCUCCAUUCUCACAAAAGUGAACUUCGAUGUUAGCAGCAUGACCGAUUACAGUCGGCUGAAAAAGCAAAUGCCUCAGCCAGCCUUCUCUCUCCGAAAAAGGGUGGUCUUCCCUGUCCCUGAGAAACCCCCACCCAAAAUUGGAGCGUCGACCAAAGACAAUCCCUGAGAGACACUGGAUUUUUUUUAAUGCUUUUUUGUUUCACUGACAGUUUGCAAUUUUAAAUCAGAUCCAGAGUUUUGAGGAAUCAGGUUUAUCCGUUCUUUUGUAGGGAUCCCUUUUGAGUUAUAGCUCUUCAAAUGAUAUUAAUAAAGUCCUACUCUCAACCUUUUAUUCAGACUCUCAAUAUAAGCAUUUUAUCAUAUUUUCUGUGCUCUUGUAAUCAGUUUAGAUCUUGUGAUUUGUAUCUUUUAUUUGUGUUUAUCGUAAUGUAUAUAAACUUCUUUUUUGUUUUAUCAUUUACAAUACAUUCUAUUCUGUUUUUCAGCAACUUGUAUAAAAAUUAACAUUAUAUUGAAAGUAUCACAAAAAGCCAGCAUAUCAGUGCUACAACCUUAUUCUUUAAUUUUCUGUUUGUUCUUGGCUAGAUCUCCUCCCAUUUACCUCAGGGAUGUUGCAUUUUUAUAAACUUUAGCUCCAAAGUGUGAUUGGAGUUCCCCACCACAAAUGUUUACACAAUUACAGACAUGAUUUAUUCUAACACAAGUACUUUUGCUAAUUUAAUACACUUUUUCAUGGGCUAUAUUAGUAGACAAGGUUCCUGCUGCGUUUCUUGUGAAUAUUAUGACGGUUCAUUUGAAUUAUAAAUGGCCAUGUAAAGCAUUCUAAAACAUCUGUAGCACAAUAAAAGAACUGAGCUAAAUGAAUGUGAAAUAAAAUGUUCUUAAAGAAA